CUCUUAUUCAAACUCCAAUGCUAUAAACUCCCAUCGCCACAUUCCUGGCGAAACCACCGUUAGAAAUGGAUUUCACGGAUCACAAGGCCUCUCUCUUCCUCCUCAUUCUCCUGUCCCUCCUUCUCCUUACCUAUGCAAGAGUGAAUCUCGACCCUUCAGACCUCAAAGCCUUCUCCAUCAUCCACAAAGAUUUGGGCAUCAAUGGUCAACGCAGCUCCUUCACCAACCCUUGCAACAACCCAGGAGUGUUCUGCGAGGGAAGACUCUCUAACAACAAUACCUAUGUCCUCAAAAUCACCAGACUCGUAUUUAAGUCCCAACGCUUCACUGGAUUCUUGUCUCCGGCGAUUGGCCGGCUUUCUGAGCUCAAAGAACUUUCUCUUCCAAACAACCAACUAGUUGACCAAUUCCCUCCCCAGAUAGUUGACUGCAAGAAACUAGAAAUUCUUGACCUAGGAAACAACCAGUUUUCCGGUGAAAUUCCCUCUCAAUUAUCUAAUCUUUUACGUCUUCGAGUUCUUGAUCUCUCCAACAAUAAAUUCUCUGGCAAUUUGAGUUUCUUGAAGCAAUUCCCCAACUUGGAACGUCUCUCUCUUGCAAAUAAUCUCUUUACGGGUAGAGUUCCUAAAUCUAUACGUUCAUUUCGCAAUCUCCAAUUCUUCGACUUCUCUGGGAAUAACUUUCUUGAGGGAUAUGUGAGCAAAGCUGGAUCCAUAGCAUCUCAAUACCCAAAACGUUUUCUCUUAGCUCAGAAUAAUACAACCAGAGGAAGCAAAAAUGUUUCUUCUGCAGCUGGACCAACUGCAACAAUGGGUUCUGCUCAAGCUCCUAGCCCAUCGUCGACAGGAGGCGCCCAUCACAAGAGCAAAAAGAGCAAAAAGAGGUUUAGUGGGUGGAUCCUAGGAUUUCUCGCCGGAGCGGUUGCCGGAACUAUAUCUGGGUUUGUGUUUUUGUUGAUGUUCAAGCUUGCAUUGGCAGCGAUAAGGGGUGGAGGAAGAGACUCAGGGCCAGCGAUCUUUAGUACUCAUGUGAUAAAAAAAGCAGAGCAUUUGGCUUUCUUGGAGAAAGAGGACGGGCUUGCUAAUUUGGAAGUAAUUGGAAGAGGAGGUUGUGGAGAAGUGUAUAAAGCUGAGUUGCCCGGAAGUAAUGGAAAAAUGAUUGCAAUAAAGAAGAUCGUCCAACCUUCAAGGGACGCUGCAGAAUUAACUGAAGAGGACAGUAAGUUUUUGAACAAGAAAAUGAGGCAAAUUCGAUCAGAGAUAAACACAGUGGGUCAAAUUCGACACAGGAACCUUCUUCCUCUCCUGGCACAUGUGUCUCGCCCCGAUUGCCAUUACCUUGUGUACGAGUUCAUGAAGAAUGGUAGUUUGCAAGACGUGCUGAAUCAGGUUUCACAGGGUACUAGAGAAUUGGAUUGGCUUGUCAGGCAUAGAAUUGCUCUCGGAGUAGCAUCAGGGCUUGAAUACCUUCACAUGAGCCAUAGUCCGCGCAUCAUUCACAGGGAUCUAAAGCCGGCAAACAUCCUUCUUGAUGAUGACAUGGAAGCUCGAAUUGCAGAUUUUGGACUUGCAAAGGCAAUACCUGAUGCUCAUACACAUAUCACAACCUCCAACGUUGCAGGAACAGUGGGAUACAUAGCACCAGAAUAUCAUCAAACACUCAAGUUCACAGACAGGUGUGACAUCUACAGCUUUGGCGUUCUACUUGGGGUUCUGGUCAUGGGAAAGCUUCCAUCUGACGAGUUCUUCCAAACCACACGCGAAAUGAGUCUGGUCAAGUGGAUGAGAAAUGUCAUGACAUCCGAAAAUCCAAUAAAAGCAAUCGAUCCUAGCCUGAUCGAUAAAGGGUACGAUGAGCAAAUGUUUCUGGUCCUGAAAAUUGCUUGCUUCUGCACUCUGGAUGACCCAAAACAAAGGCCUAACAGCAAGGAUAUAAGGUGUAUGCUCUCUCAGAUCAAGCACUAGUCAAGUUUGCACCAAUUUCGAUAGCCUGGAAGAAUAAUCAAGCAUGUAAAAAUGCUUACUUUUAAAGUUUGAUUUUGUGUAUUUACCAACGCAAAUCUGUUGCAUUUCAUCAAUCCUGCUUAAUUUUAAGCUUUAUAAUGAAAUCAUCUUUGAAUUUUAA